GGUGGACAAGGGGUGAAAGUACAGAAGUGUGAAGAAAAUAUUUCGCACAAAGUCGAUCUUUUUGAGAGUUUGAUUUUACCAAUCGUUUUCAGACAAGUGCAUUCAAGUUUUUUCAUAUCUGAGGAAUAUUUUGCAACGUCUGGUGUAUCUGUGUUAGCAUGGCCGGCUACGAAAAAUUUAGAUCGAUAACUGUGGUGUUUCUGAUACUGUGUGUGUCCAGAUUGAUAAAUGCUGAAGAAGCAGAUGCUUGCACGACGACUUUCAGUAACUCCACUGGUAGCAUCCCAGUAACAAAAUUUCAACCUGGAAUCAACUGUACAUGGAGAUUCAACCUGACUUCAAAUGCCAGCAUUUAUAUCAAUUUUAAGCACACUUUUUCAAUCGGCCUAGGUGCCGCUCUGCAAAUUCUGAAUGGAGACAAUAAACCCAUUGCUACUCUUACUGGACCACAAGAUGAAUUUUUGGCUGUAAUAACAAAACCAGACAACGCGACCAUCAUGUUUCAAAAUGGCAAUUCACCCUCCUAUUUUGGGAUGACCUACUCAACCACAAAAUGCAGUCAGACAGUCAGCUGGGAUGCAGCCACCAUACGAUCUCCAUAUGUUCCAGUUGAUAGUGGUUCAGUAUCUUGUCAGUAUACCAUAAAAACAGACAAUGCUAGCUUUCCAUUCUUAUCAUUCUCUGUUUUUGACUUCACCAAGAUGACCAUGGAGGUUUUUGGGAAAAAGAGUCCUGCGUCAAGUAGCUCUGAUGAUCUUCUGAAAAAUUUGACAGGACAGUCUAGCAGGCCUGAUGACAUCAUGAGCUUUGCCAAUACUAUGACCAUUCAACUAACUCUCCCUCUUGCACAGAAGCAGACUGGCUUUGUUGCAAGCUAUGCCUCUGUCAGUCAGAGUUGCAGUGGUAUUUAUGAAAUUGGUGAAGAAACACCAUUUUUCAUCCCGCCAUUUGGAAACUAUUCUAAUAAUCUUGACUGCAGAGGAAUGGCCUACCUGAACGACACGAUGAAACAACGCUUUUCAUUGACCUUGAUAUUGAAUAGUCUUGAUCUAGGUGAUGACUAUGACACCAUUGUUGUGAAUGAUGGUGGUUCAAGGUUUUCCCCAGCACUUACAACAUGGAAGAGAGGAACAACAGCAGGUUCUGUGUUGGUGAGCAGUACGGGAAAAUUGUGGAUGAUGUUUAAAACUGAUGAAACACAAACAGGCAGAGGUGUACAUUUUACAGUAAGACCACAAGGUAAACCGCAUGUUGGCAGAAAUGCAAAUUUAUGGAUAUUUUGUGCGAAUUCCUUUUGUGACUUAUUAGCACUGGCAUAUGUUCAGCCUAUUUGAUUGUUGGAAUAUUGUCAUCAUCAAAGGAAUUAU